GCAGAUGACUUGACAAAAUAGCCCGGGGUCAUUUAUUGAAUGGGCGUUACUACUUUAUAUGACAUAUUAUACAUUUAAUAGCAAUUUAAAAUAGCUAGCACUACACUUUGAGGGCGUACACUUCUAUUAUGAUAGUUUUAUGACUUCGUUGUAGCCUCCGGACUGCAGUGUUGGCAGUUGCCUCAGCUUAAGCCGUACAUAUCGUCCUCGCAGUGACUGUUAUUUUAAGGUCUUAUUAUGUGGGUUUUUGGGUACGGGUCUCUUAUAUGGAAAGUGGAUUUCCCUUAUGAGGAAAAGAGAAUUGGUUACAUAAAAGGCUUCAGCCGUCGGUUUUGGCAGGGAAGUACCGAUCACCGGGGGAUACCGGGUAAGCCUGGCCGGGUGGUGACACUGGUGGAGGAUCCUGAGGGGUGUGUUUGGGGCGUUGCCUACAAGCUACCGGCCGGCCGGGAGCAGGAAGUGAAGAGUUACCUUGACUACCGAGAAAAAGGUGGUUAUCAGGUCAUCACUGUUACUUUUCACCCCCGUCCACCGCUCUCUGCGCCGCCCAGCCAGACGCUGCUCUACAUCGGCUCUCAGGACAAUCCAGACUACCUCGGCCCCGCCCCCCUGGAGGAGAUAGCCAAUCAGAUUGUCAGCUCUACCGGUCCAAGUGGGAAGAACACAGAGUACCUGUUUCAACUAGCUGAUGCUAUGAGGACAAUCCUUCCAGAGGACACAGACACACACCUGUUUUCUCUUGAAACUUUAGUGAGAGAAAGACUACACAGUGUGCAGAAACACUCACACACUCAAACAGGUUAAUUUUGAUGAUAUCUUUAAAACUCUCAGGGUUUAAAAACAGAUAAGGAUAUUUGUUGGGUACAGAAAAUGUGUUGGCAAAGUCUGUUUUUAUUGUUACACUACAAUGUCACAAUACUGUCAAAAAUAUUCAGAAAAAACACCUUACAUUGCUAAUAAAAUGUAUUGAAAUAUGCUGGCCACUAAAUCAUCUUUGAAUAAGCUUGACUACACGUACGAUGACUCCUUCCAUUGAAUGUUUAUGGAGAUCCUUUGAAGUUAAUGAAAAUGACAAAUAUUUAAGGGGAUAUAUUUACAUACACAUUUUGUCUGAUUUUAAAACAUAAAAAUGUGAUUUAUGCGUUAACUGCUCUUUGAAAUAUAGAACGGACGCAACUUCAGUAGUAAAUUCAUUAAAGAACCCAAAGCAGUGCAUGACUUUUCAGUAUAUGAUUGUUGUGCCACUUUAUAAAAACAACAGAGACAGAAAUCUCAUAACAAAUAUCUACAAGUGAUGUUUUGAUUAUGCCGAUUUAUGAUUGUAAAGGGCUAUUUAGAUGAUUAAAAUUACACUGUAAAGAAACAAAGGUUUCCCAGACAACUUAUGAUCUUUUUUUUUAGAUAACUAAAACUAUAUUCAAUAUUAGAAUUGGGAAAACGUAUCAGUCAUGCCCAGAGAACUUUCCAGAGUAUCUUGUCUAAGCUGCUUAUGUAUACUGUAUAUGGUACAUUUUCCUGAUCACUCUUGGUGAUAUAAGAUCCAUGUUUUUGUGCAGUUGGAAUGAUCAUACUGCUUUAAUCACACUAUCACACAGUGUACAGCCACAUAAGCACACAUUGUUUCCUCCAGAUUGGGCUGAACAGCCAUGGUGUUUCUCAUUCUGCCAGCACACGUCUCAGCACAGUGAACAUAUCAAAGUCAACAGUACUGCAUCAGAAAAAGUCAACAUGCAGAAUAAAAACGAUGACAGCUC